GUCAAUAAUUAGUAUACACACACACACGCUCUUUAUUGCUUUGUGUUCCAAAACCUCGUUUGAUAUUCUUGGUUCUUUGGGCAAGCUAGUUGGGUUCUAUAAUGGGUAGUUUGAAGUGCUUUUGUCUUGCUGCUUUGCUUAUUUCAACCUUUGUUAUGGUUUCAGAAAGCCGAGUGGCAAGAAAGGACCUAGGGUUGGACCUUGGUGGCAUUGGAGUUGGUAUUGGCGCAGGAAUAGGGAUUGGUCUAGGAGGAGGAAGUGGUGCAGGCUCUGGUGCUGGUUCAGGAUCAGGUUCUGGGUCUGGGUCUAGUUCAGGGUCAGGUUCAGCUUCUGCCUCAGGAUCAGGUUCUGGGUCAGGCUCAUCUGGUGCAGGGUCAGAAGCAGGUUCAUAUGCUGGGUCUAGAGCCGGGUCAGGAUCAGGAGGCAACCGAGGAGGUGGAUCAGGCUCUGGUGAGGGUUACGGUGAGGGUCGUGGUGAGGGUUCUGGUAGAGGAAGUGGCUCUGGUCAAGGUUCUGGUUAUGGUGAAGGCCGUGGCUAUGGCUCUGGGUCUGGAAGUGGUCAUGGAAAAUGAAGUCACGUAGUUUUCUUUAAGACUGAAAAGAAAGAGGAAUAUUUAAAUUAUAAAGCUUUUGACCUUUAUGAAUAUUAAUAAAUAAGUAUGGUGAUUGUGAGUCCUAUGUCAAUUUCAGAAUGUUAGUUCUAAAUCUAAAUUCCCUUGGAUUAAUGCUGUUUUACCUCCUUCAGUUCAAUAAAUUUAUCUUUGUUGUC